UGUUCUGAAGGAGCAGUGGGAUUCAUAUCACCUCCACCCAUGGACAGGGGUGGCCGCCUCCGCAAAAGUUUUAACGCAUAUGUCGUGGCGCAGAAGGCGUGGUUUGAAAACCAAUAUAACCUAGACCUCACAAUUCAAGAACGUCAAGAGUUUCAUGAUGCACUGGAGCUAGCACAAAAUGAUUUCGACCAGAUUAUGGACUUGAUCAGGGAGUACGACGUUUUGGUCCUAGAUACGAUAAGCGAAGCUAGGGCGUUCGUAUCCGUGUUGCCACAAUUCUUGAACAAUCGUGGUAAUCUAAAAUGCAUCAAGGUCGCGAAGGUUGUCGUUGACAGCAAGAAGGACAUAUGCCGGGGCAUACGCCACCAGCUCGAAAGUGCCGGACUCGGGCCGCGGCAGACAAAUCUUAAUUACCGCAUCCCGUAG